AGCACGGACUUGCUGCCAGCUAAGAUCAAAAAGUGGAUGCCACAUUUUAAAGUAAAGGUUACUAUCAAAGUCUCAGUGAGUCAGAUUUCUACUUCAUGUUAGCAACUGUUGCUUCCUUUAGAGCAUCAACAAAAUCCCCUAAUAUGCAAGGUUUCAAUAGACUGCCAAGGAAUAUAAUGCACACUAGCAAUAUUUAUUUGAAUUUGAUCAUUUUUAUGUUUUUUUAAUUUGAAGAAAGGGUGAAAUCUUUGCAGACCCCUCUGUCUGCAUGUUCAUGGGUUUUCAAAAGCUGUUCAACGUUGGUGUUUCAAGAUGGCAACAUUGUAGGAUGUAUUCAAGACCUUUACCUCUGCAAAAAAGUCCUGCAUUGAUGAAGUUGCUCAAUUAAAAGUAAGUAGCCAUCAUGUCUGUAGAGGCUAAAAGUGUCAAGCUGACAUCUACUUUUUUAGUAAGUUAUUGUUGCUGAUGCAUUUAUUUGUAAGUAAUAGUUUACUGUUGCAGCCAAUCCAGUUAGAGCUUACUGCACUGCAUACUGCCAGUACUUUCAUCUCAAUUUUUUUUAUCAAUGCAACAUAUUUGUGUCCUUGGAUUUUUUGAAAAGCAUUGUACAUAUCUAAAUUAUUAUUAUAUUUAUUACUUUAAUUGUUUUAAAAGGCCUCUUGUGUGUUAAUUAUUUAAAGCAAACAUUGACAAAUAAAUGAGGUGAAGAAAAAAGUCCAAAAUAAAUGACAUGGAAACGUACUGUGCAAUAAUCUUGAGUCACCCUGAAUUUUUAUUUUUUGCUUCCAGGGAAAGGCUAAACUUGUGUGUAAUGUUUUAAAAGUGGUCUUAAGCAAUAACUCUCCAGACUUUCUGCAGAUCUUUCCAAAGGUUUCUAAUUUGUUGUUGUUGUUUUUUUUUGUUUUGUUUUUUUGCUUUUUCACUUUUUUCACUCAUUUUCAGUCCAGUCCUUGUACCUGACUAUUUUAAGAAAAGAAUAUUUGGGGUUUUGUUGUUUUUUUAAGCACUGACCUAUGAAUUAUUCAACUAUAGAGGGAUGAAGCAGUGUUCUGUCUGCACAUAACAGACAACUUAACAAAGACCCCAUUAUAAAAUGCAUCUCCUGGGACUUUGCUACUAGCAGCCUGUCACAAAAACACAUUUGUUCCUAUUCUAUAUAUUUUUAAAAAAUGCUAACAAUAACACAGCUUGACAGACAUAAAAUUCUAUUUUUGCACCAACAAUGGGAUUCCCAAAGAACUAUUAGCCAAAAACUUGCCCCAUCUCUGCAUGGUGUGCAGCAUAUCCUCAAAAAUGUAACUUAACUGAAAAACUAUUCAGUUUUGAGAAGAAAGUUAUAAAAGUAUGCACUACUGUGGAAUCCUUUGACCUUUUCUUGACAGACAUAAAUCCUUCCAGACGUUAUAAGGAAAUGUGGACUGCAGUACAAUGGUCAGGUGGUUUUAUUACAGUAUCAUCUGCUGGUCUAAUAUAGGUCAUUUAAUGAGGGAAAAGUUCAGCAUUGAUAUGAGACAAUAGUGGUGGCGGUGGUGGGGGCAGUGACUAAAAGAGGAUUGCUCAUACUGGUGAUUUGAAACAGCGGAGUGGGCCAGUUGUCCCUUCUGGGGUUUUCCAUGUGCUGAUGACUAUGCUACUUAGCUUUCACCACUUCCACAGCCGGCUAGUAUUGAUUAUUGACUUCCGGCCAAUGACUCAGCCAGCAUGUGACUCAGUAAGGAACUUUUAAAAAGUUUGGAAACUGAAAUUUUUAGCUUUAUCUACAAUAGCCCCCUCAGCAGCAUUCAGUCAAAACAGACCAGAGUUAGAUGGGUUUUUCUUAAGUGCCCACUUACUCAAUCAAAGGCCUUUUUGAGGUCAGUCAAAGUGACUUUAUAGAUGUUCAUUUUAACAGCCGGUGCGUGCAAAGCAUUACCUCAGGGGCAACAGCUUGAAACUUCGAAAGGCUUCGCAGGCUGCGAGGGCUCCAAAAUAGAUCUGAUACUGAAAGAAAGAGAAGGUUGAAUGGCGCCGAGGACCGCUGCGGUGAGGCUGAGUGAAGUGGCUGAGAGAGGACUAGCCUGAGCAUCCGGGAGGCUUUUGUUAUUACCCCGACAUAUUACACAGUUUCCACGUUGAUCUGGCAUCGGUGGUUGGUGCCUCCUCCUCCUCUCCUCCUUGCUCCUCUUCCUCCCCUCCUUCCAUUCACCUGGCCAGCCAUCCGCCAUGUCGCAGGGUCAGAACUUCCUCCCCAAAUUCCUGUUUGUCUCCAACCUGCUCAAGGCAGUGAAGAUCCGACAGCGAGUGCCUAACGAUGUGGUGAAGCCUGCUGCCAGCGGUGGCCUCAUGCACCACCUGCGGGGUAUGCACCGGUACACGCUGGAGAUGAUCGCCAUGAACCACUUCCCCCAGGCCUUCAGGGAGGUGGUUCAGGCCGCCAUCCUGGACCGAGCCAUGCAGGCCUCAUUAGAGAAGGAGAAAAAGCUCAACUGGUGUGGGGAGUUGAAGAAGAUGGUGCCCUUACGCACCAAUGGAGAUGGGAACUGUUUGCUUCAUGCAGCCUCUCAGUACAUGCUGGGUGUUCAGGACACAGACCUGGUUCUUCGGAAAGCUCUCCAUGGUGUUUUGAAAGAAACUGACACGGGCGUCUUCAAAGCUCGCUUCCAGGCAGAGCUGCUCCAAUCUCAGGAGUUCACCCAAACUGGACUCCGAUACACCACCAUGAACUGGGAGGAUGAGUGGGAAAAGAUUGUGAAGAUGGCAUCGCCAGUCUCCAGUAGCAAUGGCCUCCAGUUUGAUUCUUUGGAGGACAUCCACAUCUUCAUCCUCUCCAACAUUCUCCGCAGACCCAUCAUCGUCAUUGCAGACCAGGUGGUCAGGAGUAUGAAAUCCGGCACCUCCAUCUCUCCUCUGAAUGUGGGUGGGAUUUAUCUGCCUCUACACUGGCAACCCACAGAGUGCUACAAAUACCCGAUAGUGCUCGGCUACGACUCCCAGCACUUUGCACCCCUCAUCACCAUCAAAGACAGUGGUCCAGAGAUCCGAGCAGUACCGCUGAUCAAUCCGAGGCGGAAUGGCUUUGAGGAACUGAAAGUUCAUUUUCUGAUGGAGAAGGAGCAGCAGCAGAAAGAGAGGCUCCUCAAAGAGUACCUGCACCUGAUAGAGAUCCCUAUCAGAUUGGGCCAUGACAUAACACAGAUUAUGAAAGCUGCAAGGCUGGAUGAGGGAAACCUUCCUGAAGACAUGAACCUGAUGGAGGACUACCUACAGCUUGUGAACCAUGAGUACCAGCGCUGGCAGGAGGACAAGGAGCAGGCAUGGGCCGCCCAGCCACAGCGUCCGCCACCCUUCUCCGUCUCCCAGCUCUCGCUUAUUGAGAUCCGCUGUGCCACACCACGAUGCACCUUCUAUGUCUCUGUGGACACGCAGCCUCAUUGCCAUGAAUGCUUUGAAAAGCGGCAGGCCACUACUGGUGGAGGAGCGAGGAUAGAAGGGGUAAUUCAGACUAAGGAAGGAGGUUUACAAGGUGGGGUAGGAGUCAUAGGGGGAUCAGAGACUGAGGUGAGCUCCAGAGGAGCCAGAAGUAGCAGCCCCCCAUGCUCUUCAUCUGGGAGAGGAGUAGUGUUAUCCAGUCCCCGCUCAGCCCCGCCCACCGCCCCCAGCCUCAGCCUAUACAGUGAAACACAUGCAAUGAAGUGCAAGACACCCGGCUGCCUCUUCACCCUAAGUGUGGAGCAUGAUGGACUUUGUGAGCGCUGCUUCAACUCCAGGCAAAACCAUGGAACCCCUGGAGUUGGAACGGCCGCUACAGGACUGCCAGGGACCAAUGGGGGGCCUGUCGUUCCCCACCCAGCCCAGGGCUCCGGCUGGAACCAGUGGGGAGGCUGUGAGACCGAGACAGAGCGAUGUAACAUGUGCAGAAAGGAGGCGUUUAGGAUAUUCAAUGGCUUGUGUCCACCCUGCAUGCAGAGACAGCAGGCUCCAGAAAGGGGAGAGCCACAACAGAUCAAUCCCAGGACUGAAGCCUCAUCUUCAGCUUGGACCCAGGCCAGGGACACUGAGCGGCCAUGCCUCACUCUAACUCCAGGGCACACCUCAGCUUGGCAGGGCCCUGUGGCCCGACCUUGUAAAAGAUCUGGCUGCCAGUUCUUUGGGACACCUGAAAAACUGGGUUUCUGCACUAUUUGCUACGUAGACUAUCAGACAAAUCACCACCUGACUCCUCCUCCUGCCCCGGCCCAGAGUCGGCAUGGUUUGGAGACAGGCUUCCAGAAUGCCUCACGAUGUCGUGGGCCUGGGUGUGGUGCAGUUGGCAAGGUGAUGCUGGAGGGCUACUGUGAUAAGUGCUACGUAAAAGAGCAAAGUGCAAGACUUAACCAAGUCGCAAAUCGCACGUCCCCUCCUCUGCGUGAACGAGCAGCAAAACCCAGAUCUUCGCAGCAAUCCCAGACCCAGACUCAGUGCCGGCGGAGUGGCUGCAGUAAUGUGUCCCCGGGUUGCACAGACCUCUGCCCAGAGUGCCACACGCGUGGUCAGGGCAGAGAGCCAGGAAGACGGGCGCAGGCGCCCAAAGAAAAGUCGAAGCAGCGGUGCCGGACACAAGGCUGUGACCACUACGCCAACCAAGAGAAACAGGGCUACUGCAACGAGUGUGACCACUUCAAACAGAUUUACCGCGGCUGACCACAUUUAGCGCCCAUGCACACGACAGCGAUGAUGACACAUCGCUAGCACGCUAGAGCCGCCGCCCUGCUGUGGGCUCUCCAUGCCAGUCAAUGCACCUCUGAUACUAACUAACCAACUAACUAACUUGCUAGUGACUAACUAGUUACCUUAUGGCCUGAAAAUCAAACCCCCCAUGUAGAAUGUGAAGAGAGAGUGUGUGUAUGUGGGGGUGGUGGUGAGUGUGUGUGUUUUCGCAGUAGACAUGGCCUCCAGAAUACCUCUUUGUGCAAUUAUUAUCAUCUGACAUGCCCUGCGCACUUACACGGUGAGAGGUUUGGCUACAUGUCAGAGCAACUGAAUUAACUCUUGUGUACAAUAUGUAUUUAGAGGUACGUAGUGAAUCGUGCCGGACAAAAUGAUUGUAUGUCGACAUAACAAGAAGCAUCUGACAUUGCUUUCUAGACCACAGCCAAGGAUUUAUACCCCCCGUCUGUCUGUCUGUCUGUCUUAACCCAUCUGUGUAUCUGUCUGCCUGUCUGUCUAGCAUUUGCUCUGAAGAAAGAGAGAUGCAGUAGUUGGGCAUGCCCAACAGCAAAUCUCUGUGAAAAUAGUCAGCAGAAGUGUGCAAAACUGGGCCAAAGGAAAGCAAGCAAAGUGCUUGAAAUUAAGUUAAAUGGCAUUCACCACUGUUUUGCUUAAAUCUCCUAAAUCACUCAUCUAUGUCCUCACAACCCAGACAAAGAUUUUUUUUUCAAAAAGAUUCUCUUGCAGUCAAUAUUGUAAAAAUGGUCAAAGAUUGAUUUUCUUCCAUUAGCCAGACAAUAGCAGGGUUAGUUUAUAUUUUGAGGCUAAUUAACCUUAUUACUGUUACAUAUCUGAUGUAAAUUGCUUGAUAUGGAAAGUAAAAAAAACAAACAAAUUAUAAACUGUGCAGGACAGACAGGGCAGGCCCCUGUUAGUUUUGGUGCUACAUGUACAGAAAUACAAGCCUCUCCAUUGUAGCCAACAUGCUGGUGGUUUCAGCGGACAGAAGGCAGAGAUCACAGUAGAGACAGGACUCACUCUCUUUCAAAACCUCCUUUCCUUCCUCUUAUUUCCCUUUUUCUCCAAAACAAAUCUGUUGCCUUGGACGUUGUUUUCCUGUUUACUUACCACUUAAGCACCUAGAAACGCAUAGACACAUGCGCACACAUAUCUACACAAUGUAUACACCAACAUAAUAUCGUCAGUCCUGUUAAAAGGGGAUUGGCAACUGUGAGGAGAACUGAGACUACAAGGACAGGCGAAGUCUUGAUAAUUAUCCACCCUACUACCGUAUACACACGCACACAUGCAAACACAGCUUUGUGAGAUUGUAUGUCCCCGCCCCAGCCUGAGGUAAUGUGUAGGUAAAUGAGCCUGUAAAGAUGCAUUCCUCUCUGCUUCACCCUCCUGGAUGUGCCAAGGCAUCACUUUCAAAACUUCAGAGAGCAAUCCUGUUGCCUGCUUUGGCUAAUCUUGUCUAUCUGAAUGUGUUUGUGCUGCUUGUACAGCAGCACAGUAUUGGGGCUGAUCCUCGAUAAGUUUUGCCUUUACAUAGUGAUUGAAAUUUUAUGGACCAGAGGGGCCUGAUCAGUGAUUAUGGAUCAGUGCUCCCACUUAUAAAAAAUGCUUUUGUGAACAUGGAUCUUAGUCCAUACCGUAGGACCUUCCAACCCGAUGCCUCAUCUUCAAUACACACACACACACAUACACACAUACAGAUAAAACGUACGCGUGUGUGCGUCUGGAGUACACAAAAAACUGACAUUCCUCCUCUUUUUUUUCUUUUCUUUUUUUUGAAUUUCAAAUGUAUUUUGAUAUAUUUGUUUUUUUUCUGCCAAAAGAGGAAAAAACAAAAACAAAAAAACGUGCCAUCAAUUGCCAAACAGUUGUUGUUACCUCCUUAAAAACGGCCAGCCUGGACCAUUCUAAACUAACCAGAGUGCCACAGAUUGACAUCUCCUGUUCUGCGCAACCACCGACUUCAGCUAAUCCAGAUCUCUCAUGCUGAAAACCCCCUCAUGUACACCAUCUUUCCGUGAACUUAUCUUUUAUUCAGAUACGAAGAAAUGUCUGUCUGUAAAGAUAAGCUCAAACAUGAAACAUUUAUCAGACUCAAAUUUGGUAAUAACUGGAACUUCUUUCCCCUCUUACUUUAGCUGUAGGCAGAUAUCCAUCUGUGGCUCUAGUUAGAAAAGCAUAGACAACCAGGCUCUUGGUCUGCCUUUUCAUUCAACUGUAUCUAAAGCUGUCAGGCCAGCUCACGUGUUGACGGCCUGGACGUAGAUCUCUGUGUGCUUUAAUCACCUCUAGACAAACCUUAAUCACUUCAAGGCCAAUUAGUGCUCAGCUCAUCAUAACCUCUUAACAAGGGGCUCUGACUGAGUUUGACUGGGAGGAGAUCACAUAAGUUGCACAUGACUUGUCUAAGCUGCUGAGGCAUUUAGGAAUGGUACUCCGACCUGUGUAGGGACAUUCCAACAGUAGGAAGAGCAUCGACUUAAGAGCAGAAGGUGUAACAAAACAUGCAAAUGGUGUGGAAGUUUCUUUGUGUGACUUUUUGACAAUAGGGUAUUGUAUGAAAAAAGCCUGGUUUUAUUUGUUAAGUAUUUAUUCAUAUCAAAAUAUCUGUAUUGUGUGAUUCAAUAAUUAUUUAUAUGUCGUCCUGAAAUGAAUUAUUUUUAUUAAGAAAUCUGAAA